UCGAUAGUCGUGUUUGCGUUGUGCCGUCGGGAUCGUUGAGACUGUCGACUAUUCGUAUUCAAAGGGCGACAGUUUGCUGCACCAAUCGUCCACACGUGAUUCCGUUGAAAUGCGACCGGGAACUCUGUUUGACGUGUGUCUGCUGUUCCGCGUCGCUAUUACACUGGCUACCAAGAGACAGUGAAUGAGAACGCGCGAUACAUUAUACAGAGGUGUCGACGGCUGCUGAUCGAGCUCGAAACAAGAGGGUCCUUUCGGCGCGAGACGAAGACGCAAAUGGCAAUCACCGCCGUAACCAACUGUCUAGGCCCCCCGCCCUUGCCACCUGGCAAGCGAUUUUUACAAAGGUCGUCGAAAAAGCUAUCGUCUACCUAUACGAGUUUCCGCGAUCCCGCCGUAGAAGCCUGGCUCCCUCGCGGGAUCCUCGAGAGUCCAGCGCGAAGGAAAGUGUGCGAAGGAACCGCUGUUGUUGGCGCGGUCGCCACCAAGCAAGGUUUAUUCAAAAGUUGCUCCGAGGGCGAUCUAUGCGUGCGCGGGACGCGCUACGCCGCGUCUCCUCUGGACAAGUGCAUCAAGGCGAUUUAUGGCAGCUGGAAGAAUCUCUUGCAUCUUGGCGGUAUGAGCCGGCCGUCCAAAGCCGUGACCCAAGCGAAGAAAGUAGCGCCACCGGCUGUACCAGACGUGUUUCGACACUCUGGUUCCUCUUUUGGCUCGGCUGGAUAUGCUAGCAGCGAGGAUAGCUGCUUCCUCUCCGGAAGCGGCCCCGGAGGUACGACGGACGAUGGUUCUUACGGGAUGCCAUCUGGAAAAAGUCCGGGACCUAUUUUUACCCAUCCUGGCUUCGCCUUCCCACCGGUCGUCGGCAAAUACGCCCACGCCGAAGACCAAGGUAUCGACAUGACCCAGAGUCCCGGAAGAGACAGUCCCGGUAGUUCGGGCUCAGGUUCCGGUUCUAGACACUCUACGGCGUCGUUGGAUUCCGGCAGAGCGUCUGGAUAUCAUUUGGGGCCUAGAGGACCCGGCGCUCUCGCCUCGUCUCCCAGAUGCUCCAUUAGUUCUCUCGGAAGUCAUCCCGACCGACCGGCAGAUCUCGACGUUGUUCACGCCUGGUUAACCGAACUCCAAUUCGAGGAGUACUUCCCCUUGUUCGCUUCCGCAGGUUACGAUCUUGCAACUAUAACGCGCAUGACACCGGAGGAUCUCACGGCUAUAGGUAUUACGAAACCCAAUCACAGAAAGCGAUUGAAAGCGGAGAUAGAUAAUUUGAACAUAGGAGAUGGGCUGCCGGAACAUGUGCCCGGCUCGCUGGAAGAAUGGCUCAGGCUUCUCAGGCUCGAGGAAUACCUCGGCGCUCUUCAUCAACAGGGUAUGCGGUCCGUCGAGGACGUGACGACUAUUACUUGGGAAGAUCUCGAAGACAUCGGUAUCGUACGUCUAGGACAUCAAAAGAAAUUAUUAUUGGCAAUUAAGAGAGUUAAGGAUAUUCGCGCUGGCAAGCGUAUACAGCCGCUUGAUCUAGCACGCCUGCCGCCACAUCCUGGUCACACGCAGGACGUUGUUAUUCAACGUGGCGGGCCCGAUUUACCGUCGCCCGACGAAGAUUGCUCCUCGCCUGUACUCAGAUCUUUCCAAAGAGGUGGGAGCGAUAGCGCUUCCGGCGCCGCUUGGAGAAGUAUGUACGCCGCGCUUCCAGCCGAUUACAAUACGGUCGGUCGUACUGGUUCCCGAGGAAAAUCUUUAGAAAGCUUGGAAGACGCUCCUCUCGGCUAUCCUCCGUCACCGGCACCGCCCUCUCAUCCGCAACUCCUCGACUGGCGUCCACGCAGUUUUGAGGACGGCGAUCUUACGCCUACAAACGACGCUUCAGCGGAUGCUGGUGGUGGUGGCGGCGGCGGCGGCGGCGGCGGCGGCGGCGGCGGCGGCGGCGGCGGCGGCACCCUUCCACGACCGAGACAUUGCCUUGUUCGCCCGCGUCCUGUAGCCAAGGUCACCGCGACACCGGGCCAAUUCAAGUCCUUGCCGAGAGACUUCGACAACAAGUAUCAAUUGACCUACGGACUCGAGAGUAGUCCGCACCUUCCGAAACGGUGUCCUCCAUCGCCACCGAGGCGACAGAGCUCCAGGGACGCGACUAGUUCUUCCGUGGUGGGUGUAGCUGGUGGCCCCACAAUUGGCGACGUCGUGAUAGACUGCAGCGGACCGGUGCCGACUGCUUCGUGCGACGAUCAUCACAUUCAUCAGCAUCAUCACCAGCAUCACCAUUUGCUUCAUCAUCCACCACCGCCACCGCCAGCACCCACACCGGCACCUUCCACACCGCCGCAAAUCAGUCGACCGCCUUCCUCCAUGUCACGCUCCUGGGGUAGCGUCAGUGUUAACGUUAACGAGGAACAUGAGCUGAUAGCUACUCUCGCUCUGCAGCAUCGUAAUGGAUCGGAUGCCAGUUUUAAGUCAAGUUCCAGUACUGAAUCGGACUCGUUGCCUUUCGCCAAUGAGAAUGCCGGCACGAUCAAGCAAAGGGCCGGUCGGGCGCAAGAAUACGUACCAGCCGGAUCGAACAGUGGUAUCGGCGGCCACGUAGUCAAUCAUCAUUCCAGUGGAAGUGAACCCGCGGACGUUUUGAACGACAUCGGAAAUAUGCUGGCCAAUCUUACAGACGAAUUGGACGCGAUGCUCGAAGAGGAGAAACGCCAAGGCCUGAACUCAUAAUCGUCACUGCCUUCGUUUGCACUUUUUUAAUUGACUAAAGUUGCCAUAAAGAACGCAAAUCCAGUGACUUUUGUUUCUGGGUACAUGGAGUGAAAAUUAAGAUUAAUGCGACGUACGCGAAAGUUGUGAACGUAUAUAAUUCAGGAUUACGUUCUAAACAAAAUUUUAAAUGGGCACGAGUUAGGGGCUCGAUAAACAUCUAAUUCUAGAGUGAUCCUUUCAAGACGGAAAUAUAUACCGACACUCGUUGCUCGUUUCGUGAAAUCGUUUCGGGGAAGAAAAAAAAAGAUGCCAUGAAUAACGUGUUGUAUCGUUCUAAUGGAUAAUGGUAAUAAUUUGUUUCGCAUUUGUACAGAUCGACGCGUAUAUAAGAACGUAUUUCCGCGCCUUUUAUACUUUGUUCCGAUUACUCUCCUUUCUUCGUCAACAGAGGAAAGCGAGAGCUUUUCUUAUGUGGAAAAUGGGGAAUAUCAAACGUAAGAAUUUCCAUAAGAUUCCCCCACCUACAGACAGAUGUAGUUGCAGCGCUCCUACAGCGGUAUUGCUCUCGGCAGUCCUUUUGAGCGUUUUCUACUUCUUUCCAAAUAUUUUUUUCAUUCCGUUCUUUUUAUUAUCUUCUCUUCUUCAUCCUUUCUUUUCCUUCUUCUUUUUGCACAACGGAUAAUAUUAACGAAUGACACGACAAAACUUGUCAAUCUAUUGCAUACGUACUAAGUUUAUGCAAUCUAUAUAAAAUAUUGACGUGGCAGAGGGAAGGGAACACGGAAUCAAUUUCUUUACGCGUAAGAGUUAUUUGUAAAUUGUAAAUGUAUAAUCUAUGAUUUAUAUACCAUCUGCCUAUCUAUAGAACAUAUUGCAAACGAUUCAGAAAUAGCGAAUGCAUCUUUUGCCGUAAAACCGUCGUGUGGUUUACAUUUGUAAGAUAUGAAAUCUGUGACGAGUUCCUUUUCUCUAAGAGAUUCUUGUUUCCGUUAACGUACCUACAUUCCACGUACGCCAUUCUCCAUUUCCGUCCUUCGUUAAAUCGAUAGAAAUUUUUUUUAUUCGCUAUUAUAUCAUUCUGUUAUAAAAAUGUAUGUAUAAUUAUCGUCUUAUCGUCCACAAACGAAACAGUUCCAAACAGUUCCACUAGAGAAAAACUAGAGAUAUUUGUAGAGAUGUUAUGUGUGUGUAUGUGUGUGUGUGCGUGCGUGCGUGCGUGCGUGCGUGCGUGCGCGCACACACACACACACAAUGAUGAAAAAUAAUUAGGAUCCUUGUCUAUAUCGUGAUACGUGAUACUUUUGCGGAAGAUAUCACAAGACGGACAAUGCCUUCCCUUCUAACGAGAAUUCUAUAAGAAACGCUAUCGACCGUCGCGCAGAUAAGAUUUCAAUGCAAUACGAUUUAGUACAGAAGCACACGAUGAUAAUAUGUAUGCCAAUUAACAUUUUGUAUUUAUUAUCUGUACUGUAAUGAAUAUAGAGACGUACAUAACUCACUAUUAUUGUAUGAUACAUCCAGAUGAUUCAUUUGGAAAGUAUUCAUACACAUUAAAUCAAAGUAAUUGUAGUUAUAUGGUGGGCGGGGGAAGAGUUUUGAGGAGGCGAGAAUGGAAGAUAGGUGCCCGAGUGGUCUUGGUUAAGAAUGUGUUACUGGUACAUUUCGAGAUCUGAAAGUAGUGUUUUGCAAGAGAUUUUUAUAAGAAAUACUUUAUACGGCGCGAGAAACGUUUUUUAUCCAUCUUCGCGGAAUCACGCUAGCAGAAAUUUCGACUAGAAAUUUCUCGAAAUAAUUAUCGCACAAAUCCAGUCUAUGUGACACUUUUAAUACUCCAAGAUAGUCCGGACAAGAGAUUGGCGUGUGUACAAUACAGCAUCUAAAGAUGUUAAGAUAUAUUAAUUUGUUACAUAUAAUUAUAAAUAUUUCAUUCACAAAUUAUUUCCAUCCCUUCUCACACUAAAAAAUCAUUUAUACGUACCAGUUUCAAAAUGCAAAACGCAUAAUUUAUGGUGAAAUGUAUAAUUCUUACACCACCGUUCCUGCGACGCAUUUUAUUUUUAGCCCUAAUGAAGGUUGCAACCCGUAAUUGGAUUUAAUCGGGUCCCAUAGAUAUGAGAUAUAUAAACACUCAUGCUAGAACAUAUGCGAAACCCCCUGAAUGGAUACACCUAAACUUAAAUCUAAAUCUAAAUCUACUUAGAAUUAAUGGAUUUAAAGCGGAGGCUGCUCAGCGCAGACUGCAGAUUUGUUUUGUUAAUUACUUGUAGGCAUUAUAGUUAUAUAUGUGUAUAUAUAUAUAUAUAUAUAUAUAUAUAUAUAUAUAUAUAUAUUUUUUUUUUUUUGUAUAUAUGUGUAUGUAUGCACGCAUUCAUCUUAACAUACAUACAUAUACACAUAUACACAGACACAUGCACCAUUAGUCGCAGUGAAUUUAGGAGAGCAUAUUUAACGUUUCAAGUUCUCUGAUCAGUUCAAAUAUAAAAACUUUUCUCCAAGAAAAAUGGGCAAAAGCAACUUUGAGAUUCUACAUCCUCUUCAUUCUCCCCCGCAAGCAGCGCGUUUCUCAACGAUAAUACACAAUGAUUUUGCAUACAAACUUUCAUUGUUGAAUAAUUACUUGUACAUUGAUAGCGAUAGAUUGACAUUCGAAUGAUAUCGACUAGUUUAUUGAUUUGUUUUAAAUAUCGACUGACAUAAAUUUUGGCCGAAUAUGUCGAGUCAGUUUAAUCGGUAAUUUCCCAAAUACAUUGCUUCCACAUGGUGUAUAACAUGGUGUUACAGUGAAAGCGAUCAAUUGGGUCAUUGUAUAAAAUCGGUGGUGAUUAUAUAUGUACGCACACAUACAUGUGUGUGUGUAUAUACAUAUCGAUUAAUCGCUUUCGUAAUAUAUAGAUAUUAUAUACAUACAACACAAUCAUAGAUAUAUUACUUAGUUAUAGAUUUUGUACAAACAGAUGCGUUGCAAUGUCUCGCUCACAGCGAGCCCAGUGCCCGCCUAAACUGCAUUGUACAACCCCCUUUCCCUUCCAUGGUUUAAAUGCGCGUUAGAUAUAUUAUUUGGUUUAUCUCAAUUAAGAAAAAGGUGAUUGAUCUUUAAAUAAAGUCAACGGAUUUCAUUCGUCGGAUCAUUCAUCGAUCCUUUCUCGAUCAA